AUGAAAUCGAUAUUGGAAGAGAAUCAGAUCGAUACAGUGAUUCAUUUCGCCGCUGACUGCACUUCCACCCGUUGCUAUAAUGAGACCAUUGAAGCGAUCGAGAACAACGUCAUCGCUUUUAUUGAGUUCCUCGAAGUCUACGGAGAUUCGGGCUUAGGAGAAGAUGAAGCAGGAAAAGUUGAAGAAAGUCGAUUACUGCCAGGGAACCCAUACGCAGCAACGAAGGUGAACGUUUCUCCAAUAUUUCAUGGGCAGAUUAAAAAUAAGAGCGUUUGCCAGCAUUACACACGUCAACUUCUGAAAUGA